AUGGAUGCCAAUACUGAUCGCACUGAGGCACCGCAGUACGAUCUUGUUGAAGCUAUUAGGGAAUCUAGGCGUUCCGGCUAGGUGGAAGAUGAGGUAUUCACUGCCCGUGUUGAGGAGCGAUCACCACUUCUCUCGGUAAAGCUGCCGGAAAAGUUCCUUAGAAAGCACUACUAUUCGAAAUUCUACCUAGACAUCAACAUUAGUCAGUACAAGAGAUGUCGGCAUGACGCUGAUGGACAUAGCCAAGAUGGAUUUCGAGGGAACCCCAGCGAGCAAGCAGUCGGGGGAGCAUCGCUAUUACAAGUUGCACAUGCAGUUUAUCGUUCAUGCGAUGACGCAAAAAUACCUCCUCGUCUCUGUCUGUGCAUGGAUGAGAAGACUCUUCUAUCAAAGCGGUACACGAAUGAGACUGCGGAAUUCCGUCAGUUGUUCGAAUAUUCCAAAACAGAAAUACUCAGAAACGAGUGUCUGCAAAAUGUUACUGAGGCCCCUCAACAUCACACACUCAGCGUUCUGUCCCUCAAUGCGAUGGUUCAGCAAGGAGUCAGACAAGAAAACGAGUAA